GCAACCACGACCGGUUGUACACACACAUAUAUCAAGAACCUUGGUGCAAGUCACUACUGUCGCAAAGAUCGAACCAAAUCCGCCUCGCUACCUACCAUAAUGUCUACCGCGAUGCGCGCCUUGAUGCGCCUACCUCGGCAGCUGUCCCGGCGCUCUUUUGGCAUGUCUGCACGCACUGCACAGUCACCGUUUGGCUCUGGACCUUCGCCCCCACGCCUACCCAAAGAGGAGCAAGAAAUCUUCGAGAAGCUGCAAAAACAAAGCACUGGAGCCUUUAGCACGCCAAUAGGAAGCGAGGAAGAAGCAGCGCCGUCGUCCAAAGCAAACAUUCGCAUACAAAUCAAUCAAUCGCCCGACUCUUCUUCUUCCUCGUCAUCGCGCCCGCAAAUCAAUCAGUCGCCCGACUCAUCAGCAGAGCGAGAGAUUAGGUUCGAGAAUGGCAAAGAGAUUAAAAAGGGAGAAGAGUUUCAUCCCAACAUGCGAAGGGGUGCACCGCCAGAGUUUGAGGGCGAUGUCAAUCCCAAGACUGGAGAGGUGGGUGGACCGAAGAACGAACCAUUGAGAUGGGGGCACGCAAGCGACUGGAGCUACAAUGGAAGGGUGACUGACUUUUAAUCGCGCAAAGCUAUGAAGGAUGGAGGAUCUGACGCAUGACCCGACGUGCUGGAUGUAAGUAGAUAUAAGUAAGCGUAGUAUUAAUUAGUCGAUAAGACUAUUAUCAUACAGAGUUGGGAGCAAUGUUAGGCCGAGUCACAUGGUG